AUGGGUUGCCAAAAUGGAAAAGUUAAACCGAUACUAUCGAUAGUUAAAUCAACCGUAAAUUCAGUAUUACCGGCUACUAAUGAUCAAUUACCAGUGGAAAUCAUUUAUAAAAUAUUAAAUGAAUUGGAUAUAGAAACAAUUUUUGUAUCAUUGUAUCAUGUAUGUAAACGAUUCGAUAGUAUUUUAUCUACUUAUGAUGAAUAUCAUUUUAAUUCAAAAACCAUAUCAUUAAAAAAUUUUGAUUUAAUUUGUUCUCGUAUUCGUCCAGAACAAGUUACCGAAUUAACAUUAUCAGAUGAUGUAAAUAGUCCAGGAUUAGUGGAAAAAUUUCUUUCACGAUUUACUAUGAAUGAAUUUGUUCGUCUUCGUUCUUUAACACUUAUACAAAUCGAUAAUGAAGAAUUUAUGAACCAAAUAUUAAUUUCUAUUGCUGAUCAUACAUCAUUAGUAAAUUUUUCUUCGAUCAAAAUAAUUAAUACCGAUGAAACUUACGGUGAUAUUUUUGUUGAAUUGAUUAUGUCUGUUCUUGCUAAACCAUCACUACGUAAAGUCUACUUCGAAUUAUCAUAUGGUCGAGGCACAUCUAAUCCAUUACCUUGGCUUGAACAAUGUUCAUUUAGACAUAUGAUAUUUAAAGGCAAUUGUAGUGUUAGUUUCGUUCGAAAUAUUUUUGUUUAUGCACCUCAAUUAGAAACAUUUGAAGCAAAUGAUUUCAAUUUUGAUGAAGAAAUUGAUUUGAACAGUGCUCCAACUAAUCAUGAAGACGAUGAUAACAGUGUUGCUAGUGAAGAAUUCGAAAUAGAAGCCGAUGAAAAUCCCAAUCACGAGGAACAUCCAAAUUAUGACGAAAACCCAAAUCAUGAUGAACAUCAAAUACCGAGAAGCGAAAAAUUCGCAUCUCUAGAAUCGACAAAUUAUUUGAUAUCAUUGACACUUGAGGAUUGUUCAAUGAAUAUGUCAAAACUUGAAUGGAUGCUACAAGAAAUGCCAACGUUGAAACGAUUCCGCUUGAAUACCUCGAGUGGAUAUAACGAUGAAUUAAUUCUAGAUGGUGAUCGAUGGACAAAUCUUGUAUCGAAUAUGGACAAAUUUGAAUUUGUUCUUUCAGUUUAUAUAUCAGAUUCUUCGGCAUGGGAUACGGAUGAAUGUAUAAGUACAUUUCAUACAUCAUUUUGGACUGAAGAGAAACAAUGGUAUGUGUCAUUGGAAAAGUAUGACGACGAAGUUAUGCUUUAUACAUUGCCAUAUCUCAACAAUUUUUAUGUGGUCAAAAGUCUCUCAUCGUCAUUUGAAUAUCGUUCUACUGCUAAUGAAAAUUCAAUAUUACGAAUUCAAUCUAUGAACAAAGUUCAUGACUUGCAUAUAGAUACAUCGAGCAUAAACGCUAUUCUUCCUCAUUUUUCUCGUGUUACAAAUUUAUUUCUCUAUGGUAAAUGGCCAAAAUCAAAAUCAUUUCUUAGUGAUAUACAAGCAAUUAUAGAUUUGAAUACUGUUGAAGAAUUAACCAGAGAAGAGAUUGUGCCCACUAUUGAUUUUAUUAAAUUCUUGGACAUGAUGCCCAAUAUAAAAUCAAUAAAAACUAGUACAAAUCUUCUUGAUGCUUUAAAUGCUGCUAAAUUUUCUCAUACAAAAUGUCUUCGUUCGUUCAUUAUUGAUUCCAAUAGUUAUGGAGAUCAAAAAACUGUCAAUAUUGAACCAUUUUGUUCUAUGUUUCCUCGAAUUCAACAUUUGAUUAUUCCAGUAGAUAAUAUUGAUAGUUGUCAAUAUGUUCUUGAUCAACUAAAAGCUGAUCUUCUUAGUGUUAUAUUUCGAAUAACUGCAAAUGAUAAUGUUUUUGAGGAGACUGAUGACGAAAGCGAAAAUGAAGAAGAAAAUUCAACUGUUGAUUUAUUUUCUGAAUGGAUACAAGAAUUAUCAAAACAAUAUCGUUGCUAUAAAAAACAACGACAAAUUCACAUAUGGCUUCAAUGA